GCGUCGCUGGCCCUGCGGCGGGGCGGCGCGGGGGGCACGGGGGGCAGCACGGCCAGCAGCGGCUACUGCAGCCAGGAGGACUCCGACUCCGAGCCCGAGCUCUUCUACACCGCCCGCACCUCCCUCGGCCGCCGCCCACGUCGCCGCCAGGAUGAGCCCAGCGAGUGGGAGAAGACAGAGCUGGACCAGACGCAGGUGGAGCAGCGGAUCAAGGAGUACAACAGCCAGAUCAACAGCAACCUCUUCAUGAGCCUGAACAAGGACGGCUCCUACACCGGCUUCAUCAAGGUGCAGCUGAAGUUGGCGCGCCCCGUCUCGGUGCCGGCCACCAAGAAGGGCCCCGCCUUGCAGGCGGGGCGGCCACACACCCAGGGCGUGAAGCGCCGGACCUCCUUCUACCUGCCCAAGGGCACCGUGAAGCACCUGCACAUCCUGUCGCACACCCGUGCCAGCGAGGUCAUCGACGCCCUCCUCCGCAAGUUCACCGUCGUUGACAACCCCCGCAAGUUUGCCCUCUUCGAGAGGUCUGAGAAGGAUGAGCAAGUGUACCUGCGGAAGCUGGGUGACGAGGAGCAGCCCCUGUGGCUGCGGCUGCUGGCCGGCCCCAGCGAGAAGGUGCUGAGCUUCGUCCUGAAGGAGAACGAGACCGGGGAGGUGAACUGGGACGCCUUCACGCUGCCAGAGCUGCACAACUUCCUGCGCAUCCUGCAGCGGGAGGAGGAGGAGCACGUCCGGCGUCUGCGGCACCGCUACGCUCGCUGCCGCCAGAAGAUGCAGGAGGCGCUGGCCACGCGCACGCCGGGGUGACCACGACGCCCGCGCCCGAAGCGAGCCAGUGCACCGGGACUCUCGUCCGCCGGCGGGU